AUGAAAGCAACGAUUGGUCAAGAAAAACAACAACGUAUACAACAAUCGUCGAUGACAACCGGACAAUUAUCACCAGUAUCAUCAUCGAACUUUAGUCCACUUAUGGUUGCAAGUUUCAAUGAAAAUCUCGAUACACAAUCAACAGGCUUCGAAACUGAUCGAAAAUCAUAUACAUCGCUUUCACGUUAUCUAUCAACAGUCAAUCGUUCGCUACUGGACCGUCCAGGUGACUUAAUCGCUGAUUUUUAUUUCUCGCAAUUAAAUCGUAAUAUGCAAGAAAAUGUUCGACAUGUUGAAAGCAAAUCAUUGAUGAUGGCAGUACGGAUGUUGUUCAACAUGUUGGUAUUAUUUCACCGCCGCAGAUCUAUUCUUACGCCAUCAACAUCGCAAACAGAUGUAACAUUAACAUCUAAAGUGAAUGAUCUAAACGAAGUUCCAACUUUAACAGCUGUUGAUCCACCGGAUUUCGUUGAUAGAAAGAAAAGACGUCGAUAA